AGAGAGCAACGAGGGCCAACGUACGACGAGCGUCUUCACCGACAAGAACAUGAAAUGGAGGGCCUGAAAUCAACAAUGAAGAACAUGGAAAAGCAAAUAGGGCAAAUCGCCCAAUCCAUGUCCACAAUGGCCAAGGGUGGAUUUCCGAGCAAUACCGAAGUCAAUCCAAAGGAAAGCUGUCAAGCCAUAACCACCCGAAGUGGUUUGCAAAUGACUGAUCCUCCUUAUCCGACAGACGAAUCACCAAGGCCAGCUGUACAACCGACCCCGGUCGAGCCGGAAAUCACCAUUUCAGGAAGUAGUACAAAAGAGGCUAGUAAGCCCAAUAACAUUUCUUUUCCUGAUAAUCCCCCUCUUAUGGUAACUCCUAUUCCUUUUCCAGAAAGACAGAAGAAGAAGAAGUUCAAGGAUCAAUUGAAGAAGUUCAUUGAAAAGAUCAAGCAGAUUCGAAUCAACAUCCCUUUUGCAGAAGCCUUGGAGGUAAUGCCAAACUACACCAAGUUCAUGAAGGAAGUCCUAUCCAAGAAAAUUCGGAUCGAAGAAGACAUACCAGUGACACUCACGGCAACUUGCAGUGCCAUUCUUCAGUCGAAUCUACCACCGAAAAUGAAAGAUCCAGGGAGUUACACUAUUCCUUGUAUUAUUGGCAAUUCUACUUUCGAUAAAGCUUUAUGUGAUUUGGGGGCAAGUAUUAAUUUGAUGCCUAUGUCUGUGUUUCUAAAACUGGGCUUAGGAAAUUUGAACCGCACUCGCAUGACUUUACAGCUAGCUGAUCGUUCAUUGAAAUAUCCCGAUGGGAUUGUAGAAGAUGUGCUAGUUAAAGUAGAUAAAUUCAUUUUGCCUGUUGAUUUUGUGGUACUUAAAAUGCCUGAAGAUGAUGAAGCACCAAUCAUUUUAGGUCGUCCAUUCUUAGCCACUGGUAAGGCGAUGAUUGAUAUGGAAUUAGGAUCUUUAAUGCUUAGGGUAAAUGGGGAAGAAGUUGUUUUUAAUUUGACAGAUGCAUUUAAACACUCUGAGCAUGUUGAGCAUUGCAGUAGAAUAGACGUGAUCGAGGACUGUGUCUCCUCCUUUUUUGAUUUGUAUGAAUUAUGUGAUUCUGUUGAGCACUGCAUUGUUAACUCUAUUGAUUUGCAUUCUGCCUCCCCUGAAACCCCUAUUGAAAAUGAUGUGCUUGAUUGUGUGUUGUUUCUUGAGUGUGCCGAGAUUUUAGGCUUAGACGAGGUAGGGAUCGUCCCCGAGAUACCAGUUAGUGUGAAAACGGCCCCCGUACUGGAAUUGAAGCAAUUACCGGAUUAUCUUUGUUAUGCUUUUCUUGGAGCAGACAAGACCUAUCCGGUGAUUAUUUCUUCUAGUUUGAGCGAGGCCGAAACAAACACACUGCUGGAAGUCCUUAGAGAAUAUAGGUCAGCUAUAGGUUGGUCUAUUGAGGAUAUUAAGGGAAUUAGCCCAUCAAUUGUUCAACACAAAAUUCUAAUGGAAGACAUCUAUAAACCGAGAGUCCAACCUCAGAGGCGGUUAAACCCGUCAAUGAAAGAGGUAGUAAAAAAAGAAGUCUUGAAAUUGUUAGGCGCUGGUAUGAUUUAUGCAAUUUCUGACAGUCCGUGGGUCAGUCCGGUGCAGGUUGUGCCAAAAAGGGGUGGGAUGACGGUUAUUGUGAAUGACAAAAAUGAACUUAUUCCGUCUAGAACAGUCACUGGGUGGCGUGUGUGUUUCGAUUACAGAUUAUUGAAUGCAGCCACUAGAAAAGACCAUUUCCCCCUUCCCUUUAUCGAUCAAAUGCUAGACAGGCUAGGAGGUUUCGAGUAUUACUGUUUUCUUGAUGGUUAUUCGGGGUACAAUCAAAUUUCAAUCGCCCCGGAAGACCAAGAGAAAACUACUUUUACUUGCCCCUACGGUACUUUUGCAUUUCGUAGGAUGCCUUUCGGUUUGUGUAAUGCGCCUGCUACCUUUCAACGUUGUAUGAUGUCUAUAUUUCACGAUAUGGUAGAAGAGUUUCUUGAGGUGUUUAUGGAUGAUUUUUCUGUGUUUGGAUCGUCUUUCGAUCAUUGUGUGCACAAUCUAGAACUUGUUUUGAAAAGAUGUACAGAAACGAACCUUGUUUUAAAUUGGGAAAAAUGUCAUUUUAUGGUUCGUGAAGGUAUUGUUCUAGGUCACAAGGUAUCGAAAAAGGGUCUUGAGGUGGAUAGGGCAAAAAUCGAAACGAUUGAAAAAUUGCCUCCACCGAAGGAUGUCAAGGGGGUUAGAAGUUUUUUAGGGCAUGCUGGGUUUUACCGUAGAUUCAUUAAAGAUUUUUCGAAAAUAGUAAAACCCUUGUGUCAUUUGCUUGAGAAGGAAGCCGUCUUUGAUUUUGAUUCCGCUUGUUUGCAGGCUUUCACGUUUCUCAAGGAGAAGCUAACCCAAUCACCGAUUAUGAUUACUCCCAAUUGGGAGGAACCAUUCGAGAUCAUGUGCGAUGCGAGCGACUAUGCUGUAGGUGCAGUAUUGGGACAAAGGAGGGAUAAAAUCUUCAAAGCCAUCUACUAUUCGAGUCGUACACUUGACCAGGCACAGAAGAACUAUUCAACGACCGAAAAGGAAAUGCUUGUUGUCGUUUAUGCUGUUGACAAGUUCAGACCGUAUAUUUUGGGGUCUCAGGUGAUCAUUUACACCGACCACGCAGCUAUUCGAUACUUGUUCGCAAAGAAGGACGCCAAGCCCAGACUCAUCAGAUGGGUGCUCCUACUCCAGGAGUUCGACUUGGAAAUCAGAGACAAAAAGGGGAGCGAGAAUGUGGUAGCAGAUCAUCUUUCCAGACUCAUACUAGAAGAAGUUCCAGCCGAAGGAAAUAUUCAGGAGUCCUUCCCAGACGAGCAACUGCUCGCCAUUAGUACUCACACUCCGUGGUAUGCUGAUGUGGCCAACUUCUUGGCCAGUGGAAUCAUUCCCGACGAUCUUUCUUAUCAUCAAAAGAAAAAAUUCCUUCACGACAGCCGUUUCUAUCUUUGGGACGAGCCAUUGCUUUUUAGAACCGGCCCCGAUCGUGUCAUCCGAAGAUGUGUUCCGGAAACUGAAGUACCGCUUGCCUAUCAUCCGCAAACAAAUGGCCUUGCUGAGUUGUCAAACCGAGAAAUCAAACAGAUUCUGGAGAAGACCGUGUGCACGAACCGAAAAGAUUGGGCAUUGAAGCUCGAUGAUGCACUUUGGGCCUAUCGAACCGCAUUCAAGACACCGAUUGGGAUGUCUCCGUACAAACUCGUGUUUGGAAAAGCGUGUCACCUGCCAGUGGAAUUGGAGCACCGAGCUUAUUGGGCAGUCAAAAAGCUCAAUUUCGAUCAAACAGCUACCGACGAUCGUCGAUUGCUUCAACUCAACGAAAUGGAGGAGUUCAGAAAUGAUGCUUACGAGAAUGCCAAGAUUUACAAAGAAAAGACGAAAAAGUGGCAUGACAAAAGAAUUACAAAGCGAGAGUUUCGGGCAGGUGACCAAGUCUUGCUAUUCAAUUCUCGACUACGACUAUUUCCGGGAAAGCUAAAGUCCCGUUGGUCAGGGCCAUUCGUAGUCCUGAGCGCAACCCCACAAGGAGUUAUUGAAAUCCGAGGACGAGACGGCCCAUCAUUCAAAGUCAAUGGGCAACGAGUCAAGCAUUACUACCCAAAUGGUGCUCCCGAGGAAGUGGAGCGUGUUGCACUGAUUUUCUCCCAAUAAAUCCAAACUAAGUCGAGCCGUCGACUGUAAAACAGGCGCUAAAUGGGAGGCACCCCAUUGUUACUCGUAUUUCUGUCAUAUGCUUUUCUCGUACUUCUGUCACU